UUAAACCAUCCUUGGUGAAUUCAAUGUAGCCCAAUUCAAGAGAUGUAAAUGUUGGUUUUAUUUAUUUAAUCCUCUCUUAAAAUAUAAGUGUUGCAUGUUUUAGCCCAUUUUCAAGUUUUGUAAAAGCACUUUAGUGUUUGUAUUCAUUUAAAUCACCCUAAAGUUUGAACUCCUUAAAUUUGCAUUAAUUAGGACGAACAACAAUUAAAUAAUCAUAAUUAUGUUACUCAAUUGAUUUUUGAUUUUUUUUAAAAAGUUGAAAUGCAUUCAUCUAGCGUUAUUGGGACAGGCAUUUGGAUCAUGUCCAUCAAAUCAGAUGUAAUUGUGCACAGUGUGUUAGAUUUGGCUAAAUUCUAUUUUUAUUUACUGCCACGUGUCCAUUUCCAUUUCUUCCUAUUGCUACAACAACAAUUAUAAAAACGAUGAAGGUGAUUGGUUGUACUUUCAAUAACUAUCUUGGUUGUAACAGAAAUGGUGCAUGUAAAUAAAGCUUAAAGAACCACUGAAAAUCAAUUUGACGUUUCUGUGGAAUUUAUCAUCAUUAUUAUUAUCCCUAGAGAAUCUGCACAGCUGCAGAUUUCACUCAGCAGCCGCUGAGGAUUAGUGAUUUGCUAUUGGUCAAUCACAGAACCAAUCAGACGCUGUAUCCAAGAGGCAGAAAUCUGCCCAUUAAACCCUCUCAUGGUGUUUGAGUCGAGGGGCUGUGAUGACAAGUGCAGUUGGUGCUCCGUAACGGUCUGUGCAUACCUUUAUAUGUUAAAGCUGUUGGUGAAAAAAUAUUUUAAUAAAACUAUGUGAAAAGACCAACCGUACUGACGUCAUCGUGUAUUGACCAGCGGAUUGCUGCAGUGUGAUGUCAGAGCCCUCUACUGAUCAAAUGCUGUUACUGUGUAAAAAAAGAAAAGUCUCUUGAGUUGGGGAAACAGUGAUUACUGUAUGUAGCCAUGGCGACACCAUAACAAGUCAUCGUAAAGGCACGGGUUUAGCAGCAUUAGAGGAAGUGCAUUGGAUAUAAAUGUUUUAGAAAUUAUGUUCAGCGACUAAAGUUUGCGAAGCAUCAUGGGCGACGGCUAUAGAGUUUCUUCCUCUGUCAGAGUGGAGCAGAUGGAGGCUGAGCUGUCGCAACAAGUCUCGGCACUUCAGGAACAAAUCGAGGAAAAUGACACACGGACCUUUAAAUACUAUAGUUCCGUGUUACCUCCUCGAGCUAUUUCCUUCCUUCGUGCGGAGAGGGAGCGAGCCCUAAAGAUAGGGCUACAGGUGAAUGAAUAUUUUCCUGUUCAGUCUGCGGCGGAUGUGAUGCAGAAAGAGCUGGAAAGUUGCUUGAGUCUUGAAAACACACCUGACAACCUGCCUCUGCUCCUGCAUCAGUUUUAUACGGACAGGGCGUAUCACCUGGCUCAGGUCAAAUACAUAUUCAUGCUGAGGUGGAGGAGGUUUUGCAGACACACCAGUGUCAUCGAGGAGCUUUAUCCUGUUUACAAGGAUCAGGUUUCUUAUAUAAACUGUGAGCAUGAGGAUUCCGUUCAGAGAGCGCGUCGGCUGUCUGCCAGCAGAGAGAUGAUCCUGACUGAUCAAGCAGACGUAGCUUCUCUGCUGACGCAGGAAGAUGUGAUGAUUUACCUGCGGUGGCUCAUCUGUCAUCUGCACUCUGUUCGCCCCAUUCAAAACUUCCUCAGAGUGUUGCACUAUAUACCAACCUGUGAAAGGAAAGAUAAAACAUUUCAGGAAGAGGAAUCGUCAUCUCAGACUCAACAUGGUGAUGGUGCUCUGGUACGAGUAGAGACUGUUCCACAGCAUUCUGUUCAUCUGAAGGAUCUUCUACCUGAGCUUCAGUCCUUACUCACCUACUUCCACCUGCCAUAUGACACUGGAAAACUCAUGACCACUGCAGAUGAGAUGGAGUUGUUCAGCUUGGUGUGGAGGGAGUUCAGAAAAAUCUUCCAACAGCAAGAGCAGAGAAGAACAUUUCCUCAGUACGACUCCACACAGAUGGAGGAGAGUCAGUGGGGGAGGAAGAGUGGGGGCAUGGCCCUGAGGAAGGAAGCCAACUGGAUCCCUUUUAUCCAGGUGAAGCCCAGGCGAGAUCCAUGGCAGCAGAAGCAACGGACAAGAAUGAAGGAGAAGAAGUGUGUGGAUGAGCUGAUGAAGAUGCACAGCAGCUUUCUCCAGGUUCCAGAUCUGCUGCAGGUGGCUUCAGCUCUGAAAGAACACGGUGCUCGUGUUUGUCAUCCACAAUCAACCUCAAUGUCAACUGUGUCGCACAUGAACAUGAAAACCAAAGGGGGAAAAAUCUCAGAUAUCUGGACCAGUGUUUACAGUGGGGUCAGUUUAACUCAGGACACGCCACUGUGUUCAUCCACUUGUACAGGAGGUGAUGAAGAGAGUUCAAAGAAUCAAAGUCUGGAGAUUCUAGGUCUGGACGACUGUUUAGAGGAUCAACUCUCAAAUCCAGUGGUGACCAGAGGUGCUUACCUGUCCUUGAUUUACCUGCGUCAUCUCAAACUGAGGGAGCUUAAGAGAGUCUCUCUGGGGAUUCUGAAUUACUUUCGCUCCGUGGAGAGGACUUUGACAUUUGACCUGGCAGGUGUGAGGCUGGAGGAUGGAGAACUGUGCAGCACGGCAGAGGAAACAGGAUGGAUGAACGCAGCCAGAGGAGGAAGUGGGGAGGCAGGAGGUCUGGGCUCGCUCCAGUUUAUCCACAACACUCCUGUGGACUAUAAGGUUCAUUGCUCAGAAUUUAUGGAUUUUCCUGAAGUGGCGAAUCUCCAUGAUUUCUACAGCACUGAGGAGAAUUCUAUCCACACUCAGGACCACAGAGGGUUUUUUAUUGUGUAUGAUGUUGCUCUGAAAGACUUGGACAAGUUGGAAAAUGAGCUCCUGCUCCUCGGCUCACAUUUCAUACGUAAAAAGACACUACAAAAAUUUGAAAAAGGUGAGCAACAAUCUCCAUCUACAGCAAAAAGUGACAUCAACUCCUGGGCUGGGACUGAUGUGGACAGGGUUGCUGUCCUUCUUGACCUGUGGACAUGGGAAACAGAGUUUUUGGAGAGCAAAGUUCAGCUGUUAAACUGCUACUAUGAAGCCUAUCAACACUCAGCAGGGCUGGAGGAGAGGUUUGCUCUGGCCAGAGUCAUCACUGACAUCAUGCACAGCAGACCACAGAUGGACCUGGAGCAGGAAUACUUUAUUCAGGUCUACAGAGCAGAAGUAGACUGCCUGAGGAGUCACCAGCAGCUGAUUAAAGGGAUUCUGGAUAAUCAGAUUGAAUACCAGCGUCUGUUCCUUCAACACAUAAGGCGCAGCGAUGAUAGAGGCUCAUUUUAUGACUUCGGCCUUCCUCUCAACUUCACUCCCAAAUACACAGCAUCACUUGGAGGCAGCGGCCCUUCACUAAUGAGCGUAUUCCUCCUGGAGCUUCACCCGUCCCUCUGUCUGGCCUCUUCAGUUUAUCAAGGCAUACUCCAGGCUCACUCAGAGCUCUGUCAGCUGCAUCAGGCAACCAGAGCCUUGGACAAACUUUUCCUGCGACAGAAGCUUUUGCAGGAAGCUCUGCAGAACUGGAGGAACUUGGCGUCACCGGGAGCAUCCUACAGCCCUCAGAUACAGAAGAAUUUGUUUUCAGAUGUGUUUUUUGGGAAUCCUUAUUUGGUCCAAAAUGUGGGACUGUCCCUUGUUCAGUCCGAAGUGGACAACAAGAAUUUAAAUCAGGAAAGAGAAAGACAAUCUUUUACCAUAGACACUUUCUCCAAGCUGCAGGAGCUCGUCAUCAUUCGACACCGGCUGCUGGAGUCGGCUUCUGAGACUGAACAUCUGGCACAGUUGUACAGGAAUAUUGCUGCAGAACUCGGCCUUGAGGAGUUCCAUUUGUAUCUUCGACCGGUACAAUUUGAAGAGCAAACAGAGGAGAGGAGUAUUUUCAUGACAUCAAUGUCAGAGGACAAUUCUUUGGAAAAGUUUAUUCCAUCCUACCUGCCUCUCAGCAUCCACGAGCUGGACGAGGAACACAUCGGUAGGUUUAGCUUCAGCUCAGAGGAUGCAGUUAUUCGUCUUAUGAACACAGAAGGCAUUGAGAACCUCCAGGUGACUCUGGCCUCUCAGGUCGUACAGAAGAAUGCUUUGAUAAGUGCAGUGGAUUUGGUCUGUCUUUGUUACUGGGCAGAAAGUGUGUCAUCACAGACAGAGAGUGAAGAGUGCCUUCAUUCUUCCAUUGAGGUGAAAUCAGUAACAAGAUGUGACUCAAAAACUGGUAACACGUCUUCCAUAGAAAAUAUCAACACCAGCAGCCAGAGGCUAGUCCAGGCCUUCGUGUCCAUACAGCUGGAAAAAGCUGGUCUGCGUGACAAGAUGCUUGACUCAUUUAUGAAGCAGAAAGAGGCUGAGGGGGAUUGUUUGGAAAACACGGAGGAAGCAGCCAAGAUCAAACGAAGCUUGAUCGUCAAGUUUCUUAGAACGUUCAACCAGCAGAUGUCACAGUACUGUGUGAGAGCGCAGAUUAUUUCAUAUUACUUCAGCCUCAUGUCUCUUCUCAACAAUAUCCCGUCCAUCCGUCAGUCCCACUUCAUGACUGGAAAAGAAAAGAAAACAACAAGUCUUCUUGACCUUGGAGAUAAAAUUAUACCUGAUCCCAGUGCCUCUCAGGAUCAUCAGGAUCAGGGUAAACAGUUCAUGUCUGCAGACGGCAGUGCCCUCCUGAACUUAUGGAUCGUCCCGCACUUUUCAGAAGUUCUUCAAAUAUUUAAAACUCUAAAACCCUCGGACUGUGCCACAGCUCUCCACCACACCCUGCACAUAGCUUCAGCUCUCCAUGACAUCGUGUGUUACCUCGUCAGUUUCUCCAGACUUGGUAACGCAGAAAACACCUGGAGCGGUAGGAGAGACCAGCCGGAGACAGAAUCACGGCUUGUAGCUGAAUGGGGCGGCUCUGAAGGCAUCGGUGUAGAGCUGCUGGAGAUCCAGCGACAGGUGGAGCUACUGUCUGAACCCAGUAGCCCCGACUCCGUGGCUCAACUGCUGCAGCUGCGACGUCAGGUUCUGCUGCUACAGUUCGACACUGCGGUCAGAGUCCUGAUCAGAGAGGCCUUCCUCUCCUCAGGUGACGUCAUGUCUUACCAGAGUGUGAGUGAUAACAUGGCAACUGCUCUGCCCCUGCUGGGUGACAGUGUUCACACUGAUGUGUUCACUGUCUCUCUGCCUGUUCCUCAGCCUCUGCAGACUCACAGAUCUCAGGCUCAGACCAUGUAUCCAUGGAGGAGUUUUGUUGCCUCUCAUGGAUUAUUUCCUUUGAAACUGUGGGUCAUACCAGCCAUUGAAUACAGCAUGCAGCUGUGUCUGUGUGACCUGAAGGAUUCCAGCAGACUUCAAGCUAAUGCAGCAAUCCUUGGUGUAUCUCUGCUCAUGGAGGAUGUCCUGAACAGCGGGGGAGAGGCACAGCCUGUCCGUCUCCAUGGCAGCAAGGAUGACCUUCUGCAAGAUGAGAAAACUCUUGAAGAGCGAAAAAGCAAUUUGACAACUAAAGUGGAGAGGGAGAUGAGGUCAAAUUCCACGGCUUCUCUUCAAGAUCCAGUUCAGGUCCAGUCUGUGCUGAAAGGUUUCCUCCUCACAACCAAACAGCUUCAGGUUUUCAAGGAGAGCUGGGCUUGCAGACAUUUUGGCUCUGAGGUUUUCAGUUUACCCACAUUGUACCAGCAGUUCAUCAGCCUCUACAGAGCUGAAAUCUUCCUCCCCAGCAUGAAAGCCUUGGCUCAACAGGUGGGUAAAGGUCGUGACUAUGAGCUGCUUAUUUCUGGCAGACAGACUUUUCUGCCUCCACCUGGAGCAUCAGAAGCUGACGUUAAAGCCUGGCAGCUGCAUAGACUGCUGGAGGUCACGGAGUGUGACAUGAUCAAGGCAGUUCAGAGGAGAAUCAACAGAGAGCUGAGUCUUGUGGUUUCAGAGAAAACUCGAAGAGAUACAUGUCUCCCAACAGAUCUAUGGAAAAAAGCUCCACUAAAGCACAGAUUGUCUCUUGAGCGGCCACAGAUUGUUGAAAUCUUCAUAAAGCAACUGAUGGAUGGAGCUGAGCAGAAGGAUGGACAGGUACAAAAAGAUCAAAUUUUCAUCAACAUUUUUCACCAUGAAAACAUAAAAUUAGUAUUUUAUUGAAAAAUUCCCAAAAGAAAUUCUGAGUAAUUUCUCAAAAUUCUCUUAUUUGUUGAGAAACAUAAAAAAGAUAAAAUUUUGAAUCUUUUUUUCCAAAAAUUUUCAUCAAAUUUUUUCAUCAUCUGACUACAA